AUGGCAGGCGGCAGCGGUACUGGCGUCGCCAAAGAGCACCCUUGGGAGUACUUGAUGGCGUCUGCCUUGGCAGCCACCAUCAACUAUCCGCUUUGGCGAGCGUCCGCAACCGCGCAAUCGGGCUUUCGAAUAGCACCGGUACACAUCGCUGGUCACGCGAUUCCUUCCGGAGUUGCCCCGUAUGUUUACGCCUUCUUACCACCGUACAAAGGCAUGCUUGCCACAGUCUUGGGUAUGACAUGGGCACGAGCGGCAAUUUUUUGGGGUUCCGACUACGGGCGCGACAUUUUGCGUACGGGAGGUUGGAACGAUGGGUUUGCGACUGUGGCACCUCCUCUGGUUGUCAGCACCGCAGUGCAAUGCAUCAAUAUGCCGCUCGUUCGAUCCACCAUUACACUGCAAAAUCCUCAGUCUCAUUUACGGACAGUAAGCGCCUCAGUACAACAGAUUUACAAUUCCCACGGAGUGCAAGGAUUGUGGCACGGUACAUCAGCAGGGAUUUUGAAAACGGUUCCGAAAUACAUUACAGCCGUCGUGGUUAAAGACUGGAUGGAACAGGCUUUGCCGCCGGCUGAUCCCCUAUCCAAAACAUAUCACCAGGAUCGUCUGUGGCGGUCUGCAGCCAAGUCAGCUAUGGCCGGUGUUGCUGGAGCGGCAUUGACCAAUCCACUCGACGUCAUUCGGAAUGAAAUGUUCAAAACUAAUUUGGGUCUCGCUGCUACCGUGCGGCAUUUGCAAGAAACAGAAGGCUACGCCUUCGUCUACCGAGGUCUUGGAAAGAAUCUGAUAGCUGUAGCAAUACCAGUUGGCUGCACAAUCUUUUUUACAGACGCUAUGAUCCAGUAUUCUUCGACCUGA